AUGGUGUUUGGAUGUUCUCCUGUCGAUGUUAUAAUGGUGUUUGGAUAUUCUCCUGUCGAUGUUAUAAUGGUGUUUGGAUAUUCUCCUGUAGAUGUUACAAUGGUGUUUGGAUAUUCUCCUGUAGAUGUUAUAAUGGUGUUUGGAUGUUCUCCUGUAGAUGUUAUAAUGGUGUUUGGAUAUUCUCCUGUCGAUGUUAUAAUGGUGUUUGCAUGUUCUCCUGUAGAUGUUAUAAUGGUGUUUGGAUAUUCUCCUGUAGGUGUUAUAAUGGUGUUUGGAUAUUCUCCUGUAGAUGUUACAAUGGUGUUUGCAUGUUCUCCUGUAGAUGUUACAAUGGUGUUUGGAUAUUCUCCUGUAGAUGGUGUAACGGUGUUUGGAUGUUCUCCUGUCGAUGUUAUAAUGGUGUUUGGAUAUUCUCCUUUAAAUGUUAUAAUGGUGUUUGGAUAUUCUCCUGUAGAUGUUAUAAUGGUGUUUGGAUAUUCUCCUGUCGAUGUUAUAAUGGUGUUUGGAUAUUCUCCUGUAGGUGUUAUAAUGGUGUUUGGAUAUUCUCCUGUAGAUGGUAUAAUGGUGUCUGGAUGUUCUCCUGUAGAUGUUACAAUGGUGUUUGGAUAUUCUCCUGUCUUUGUUAUAAUGGUGUUUGGAUAUUCGCCUGUCGAUGUUAUAAUGGUGUUUGGAUAUUCUCCUGUAGGUGUUAUAAUGGUGUUUGGAUAUUCUCCUGUAGAUGGUAUAAUGGUGUUUGGAUGUUCUCCUGUAGAUGUUACAAUGGUGUUUGGAUAUUCUCUUGUAGAUGUUAUAAUGGUGUUUGUAUGGCUCUGUGAUUGUAAUGGGUUCCCAUUUCGUGAUGAGAGUCAAAGCUUGCUGGUUUAUUAG